AUGUCGCAGGCACCGCAUCGCCCAUCAGGGGGCGAGGGACAGUAUCCGAACGGCACCCAAACAGAAGGGAAGACACGGGGAGAGCGGGGUGGGAGCGGGGUCGCCGGCCUCCUGGAGAGCCGCGAGGCCCCCAGCGUCGUCAGGCGACUUCGCCUUAGUAGUCAAGUGGUUUUGAUCGGGAGACCUCCCUGUCCCGGAGGACAGAGGAUUCAGAGGCUGGCAGCUGCGGGGCGGGAAAGCUGGAACCCGGCCGCCGCCCCGCCCCGCCUGGGGCUGCGCGUGGCGCCCGCGCGCGUCAGCGCUGGUCCCGAGCUGGACCCCGAAAGCCUUCGCUCCGCACUGAGGUUACACUCCCGAGUGUACCGCCGAUGUGGAAUAAAAUUACGCAGGAGGCAGCGCAGGGAGGGCGGUGAUUGCAGCGGCUGGUCGUUAAAACUCGAAGUCCGAUCUGGAGCGAACCUAUCCCCAGCCUCUCGGGCAACUUUUUACUUCCGAGAUUUAGACAAAAAAUGGCAUGUAGAGCUGAAGAUGGACCAGGCUUUGCUGCUCAUCCAUAAUGAACUACUCGGGACAAACUUGUCUGUCUACUGGAAUUCUGAACAUUGUUAUCAUUGCUUGCUUCAGGUUCUGGUAAAUGUUUCAGGGAAUGGAAAACCUGGGAAGCCUAGCAUUGCAGCUGUUGCUGUGAGCACCCAGCACGGAUCCAUCCUGCAACUUAAUGACACCUUGGAAGAGAAAGAAGUUUGUAGGCUGGAAUACAAAUUUGGUGAAUUUGGAAACUAUUCUCUCUUGGUAAAGCACGUCCAUAAUGGAGUCAAUGAAAUUGCUUGUGACGUAGUUGUCAAUGAGAAUCCAGUUGACAGUAACCUUCCCGUGAGUAUCGCGUUCCUUGUUGGACUAGCAGUUGUCAUCGCAGUGUGCUUUCUCAGGUUCUUGUUGAGUUUGGAUGACUUUAAUAAUUGGAUUUCCAAAGCGAUAAAUUCUCGGGAAACUGAUCGCCUCAUCAAUUCUGAGCUAGGCUCUCCAAGCAGGGCAGGCCAGCUCGGGGACGACACCCAACUAGAAGCAUGGCGUCUGUCUGCUGUGCCUCUGCGCCUCCGCUGUGUGGACACGUUCAGGGGGAUAGCUCUCAUCCUCAUGGUCUUUGUUAAUUAUGGAGGAGGAAAAUAUUGGUACUUCAAACAUGCGAGUUGGAAUGGACUGACAGUGGCUGACCUUGUAUUCCCAUGGUUUGUAUUUAUUAUGGGGUCUUCGAUUUUUCUAUCAAUGACUUCCAUACUGCAGCGGGGAUGUUCAAAAUUCAGAUUGCUGGGGAAAGUUACAUGGAGGAGUUUCCUGUUAAUCUGUAUAGGCAUUUUCAUUGUGAACCCCAAUUAUUGCCUUGGUCCAUUGUCUUGGGAUAAGUUGCGAAUCCCUGGCGUGCUCCAACGGCUGGGGGUGACUUACUUUGUGGUUGCUGUAUUAGAACUCCUCUUUGCAAAACCUGUGCCUGAGAGUUGUACCGUGGAGAGAAGAUGCUCUUCCCUUCAAGACAUCAUCUCUAGCUGGCCGCAGUGGCUCUUCAUCCUGAUGCUGGAAAGCAUCUGGCUAGCUUUGACAUUCUUCUUGCCUGUUCCUGGCUGCCCUACUGGUUAUCUCGGCCCUGGCGGCAUUGGAGAUCUGGGGAAGUAUCCAAAUUGUACUGGAGGAGCUGCUGGCUACAUUGAUCGCUUGCUCCUGGGAGAUGAUCACCUUUACCAGCACCCUUCUUCAACUGUGCUUUAUCAUACCAAGGUGGCCUACGAUCCAGAAGGAAUCCUCGGGACCAUCAACUCCAUUGUGAUGGCAUUUUUAGGAGUUCAGGCAGGAAAAAUACUCUUGUAUUACAAAGAUCAGACCAAAGACAUCCUGAUCAGAUUUACUGCCUGGUGUUGUUUUCUUGGGCUUAUGUCUGUUGCUUUCACGAAAAUUUCUGAAAACGAAGGCUUUAUUCCAGUAAACAAAAAUCUCUGGUCCAUUUCGUACGUCACCACACUGAGCUCUUUUGCCUUCUUCAUCCUGCUCAUCCUGUACCCUGUUGUGGAUGUGAAGGGACUGUGGUCAGGAGCCCCAUUCUUUUACCCAGGAAUGAAUUCUAUUCUGGUGUACGUGGGCCACGAGGUCUUCCACAACUACUUUCCCUUCCAGUGGAGGCUGCAGGACAACCAUUCGCACAAAGAGCAUCUCAUUCAGAACAUUGUUGCCACUGCUGUCUGGGUGCUCAUUGCCUACAUUCUCUAUAAAAAGAAGGUUUUUUGGAAAAUCUGAUGACUCUAGCUGACGUGUGUCGCUGGCAGACUCUAGUGGGCCUUUAGUAAAGGGAAUCACUAAUGAUAAAAUGGAUAGGAUGUACAUUUCCAGAUUGUUGGGGAAGAUGCUGUUGCACUCAGGCUGGUUGACUGUGACAUGGCUCAUCAGAACUUCUGUGUGUUUGAGACUUACAAAUUUGGAAUGUAAUUGUCUUUUUUCUCCAUCUUCUGUGUAAAUGGAUGGACUUGGAACUUCAGUCUAAGGAUUUCUUGAUUAACUUUUCAAAAGGGAAUUAACAUAGGCAUUUUGCUUGUGUAACGGAUAAAACAAUUUAAGGUCUGAUUCUUAUCAAUCUUGUUUUCUUGCAAACUGCCUUUCCAUGUCUACACAUGCCAACCAAGAAUACCAUCAUUUCUGUUGUGGCCGACUAUAAAGUUUAUGGAAUGCGAUGUGUAGUAACAUAGUCUUAUAUUUUUUGGUUAAGUGAAGUCUAAUAUUUCAAGAAAGUCAGAGUAAUUUCCUUUUCAGGUUUACAAGGCAUUGGUGGAUCCAAAAAAAAUGCCUUUCUAUCAAAAGCCACUUUCUCCUUUUCCCCCACUUGAAAAAAAAAGUUGGAAUAUAGAUGUCAUUCCCAGCCACUUUUGCUUAGUUAUCUACUUAUGUACCUAUCUAUUUACCUAUCGAUCAUCUCUCUCUCUCUCUCUCUCUUCUCUAUUAUUUUCUAACCAUCUACCUACUUGUCUAUCUUUCUCUCUGUGUAUCUAGAUGGUAGCUGGUACCCAGGGACAUAGCUGCGGAAGAGAAAAAAGCACACCGUCUUUCUUGCUUGUGGCUUCAGCUUUGCCAUCCUUACCGUGUAAAAUGCUGGGCAAGUCCCUUGGCCUAUCUUGGUCUCGGUUCCUCAUCUGUGAAAUGAGGGAGAUAGCGAUGACCUCUCAGAUGCCUUCCAUCUCUUAGGCUCAGUGAGGUGGGAUAUAUCAGUAACUUUUCUGAAAUCCUUAGAAAAAUAAUUUUAUUAUGGAAAACUCUUCAAAAUAAAUGAUAAUGAAAAGUUUUAAAAACUCUCAUUGGAGUAAGUCUUUUCAGAAUGACCCUCCACAAUGGAGGCUCCUUUCUAGCUGGGAAUCACAAAACAGAAGAAGUCAUUUCUCAGAAGUGAGGCUGGGAGAACACACGAAGAGAAACAGUGCUUUUCAUAUGAUGCAUCAUCAUACUUAUGAAUUUUCCGUGAGAAUUCCAUAUUUAAGGAAAAUGUGACAAUAGCUUGUACUUUAGAGCAUCCUGCAGCGGGGAGCCGGGGCCAUCUCAGCAUUGCUUCGACUGUUGCCACUGCGUGGACGAAUUCCUGGUCUGUGUUUCCAGCUUAGACCUCUACCCUCAGCUCUCAUCCCAACUUUAACUGCCUGCUGAAGCCCUCCACCUGCAUAUCUGCCAGCAUCCAGGCUCACCUCUUCCCUCUUUUCUUUUCUCAAACUCAAAGCUUUUCCUCUUUGGAUUUUCCUAGCUCUGUAAAUGGAUCAUUCUGGUCUCUAGGUAUAAAACUGCCAACGUCUUUCACCCACCUACCUCAUUUAUCUCCACUUUUUCUAUAUUUAGUCAUUGCCAGUUCUCGUUAAUCCUGUUUUCAUCUUUUCCUGUAUCUUCUUUGUUCUCACUGCCACUACCUUAUUACUCCAGUCGAUUCGUAGUUCUUUUUAAACUGGCCUCCUUCCCUCAGUCUUUCCUUCUAUAAAGUCACUAUCCAUUGCCACUAGAUUAAGGUUUAUCAAGCAGAGCUCAGAGCAAAUCACCUCUUUAUAAAAACUUACUUUGAAGUUGAAACAGCUUUGCCUGUCAUACAAGCAAAACCAUCCUCAGAUGAGCCCGGCCCCUAUACCCACCCUACUUAUUCCAGCCCAACCAGAUUCCUCCCACCUCCAUCAUUUAGCCAGGACCUCCUACUUCUGAUUCUGAUUAUUGUCUUCCUGGUUUACUUUUUCCUCUUAAUUUUCUGCUACCUACAUUUGACCUGUCACUUAAGACCCCUGACUUCUAAGGCAUCUCUCUAAUCUCUUAUUCUCAUCCAAAAAUAGUGUGUUCUUUCUUUGGGUUCUUAAAGUAUCUUAUUGGGAUCAAUCUCAUGGCAUCCAUCACUUUAUGACCUGUAUGAUAGCUGUUUAUAUACAUGUCUGGUUUCUCACACUAGACUGUUUAAUAUUGCUUGUAAAGGGCAAGAGUUAUCCCUUGUUCAUCUGCAUAUUCUUCGUGGUACAAACAGCGCCUCAUACAUAGCAGGCGCUAAAUAAAAUUUCUUAAAGCAAA